CCUCAACCUUCAGAUGAGCUAUAUCCCACUAUCCUUUGCGAUGGGCUGACAAGUGGAUCCAAGAUGGCGUAGAAAGUAAAGCUAGACAUUCUGUCCCUGAGUCAUGGCGGACAGGAGAGCGGAGAAGUCAUGUGAAGAAGCCAGCGGAUCGUUAGCCAGGCGGGAGUACGAGGUGGCGGUGAGCCACUGCACAGAUGCGCUGCUGGCCCUCGGCCCCCCGGCCCCUCCCAGCCCUGGAACCCCCGCAUCCAACCCCCCCAAUGACACGGUUACCCCCCUCCGCAGCCGCGCCCUGCUCUACAGGAUAGCCGCCCUGCUACAGCUGAAAAACUAUGAUCAAGCAGAUGAAGACUGCAAACAUGUUCUGGCCGAGGAGCUGGCCAAGGGAGACGGGUCGUUUCAGGCCAGCCUGCGCUGCAUGCUGCUGGACGGCAGCCUGCACGAAGUGGCCGGCCUCCUCUCCAAGUCCCUGUUUGGGGAGCCUCUGAACGGCAUCGUCACAAAGGACUUAACUAGAUUAAAAAUGCUUCUCUCAGAAAUUGAAGCCAUUCGUGGCGAAAUGGCUACAGAAUAUACAGACGACAACGAGGAAGUACGGGAUGGAUGGCAGUUUCGCCCCCCGCCUAGAGGAGUUACCAGCAGUGAGGAGUACACGCUGUGUAAAAGGUUCGUGGAGCAGGGCCUGUGUCGCUACGGUGCCCAGUGCACGUCGGCCCACUCCCAGGAGGAGCUGAUGGAGUGGCAGAAGCGCUACGCCUCGCGCCUCAUCCGCCUCAAGCAGCAGCAGGAGAGCAAGCACUUCACCGAGAACUACAUGGAGGCGCUCAUCGAGAAGUGGAUGAACUCUCUCUCCCCUGAGAAAGUGCUGAGUGACUAUUUGGACGGCGUCAACGUGGAACACAGCUCCAACCUCUCCGUAACUGUCACCACCAAGAAAUCAGCUCACUCCUGGACCUUCUCCCUGUUCUGCAAGCCUGUGAGGAAGCUGUACCGCAUCGCCCUGCUCUACGACGCCCACCGGCCCCACUUCUCCAUCUCGGCCGUGUCGGUUGGCGAUGCCGGCGCCCAGCGGCUGCAGGCGGCGGCCGAGGGCUGUCAGGAGUGGACGGCGGGCGAGGAGGCGCUGGCGGCCGACAACGGCAUGGACCACUGCGUCUACACGGUGGUGGUGGGCUUCAGCACCGAGAUCUUCGGCACCUUCCGCCAGACCAUCGUCUUCGACUUUGGCUCGGAGCCCGUGCUGAUGCAGCGCAUCAUGGUGGAUGCCGCCUCCAUAGAAGACCUGGAGCARCUAAUGCAAGCCAGGCAGCAGCUCCUGAUGACGGCCAAGCGCUGGGACCCGUCCUGCAAGACUAUCGUGGAGUUCAGCCCCAACGAGACGGUUGACCUGGACCGCAGCCUGCUGGCCCGCUACCAGAUCCCCCUGUCGGCCGACCAGCUCUUCACCCAGUCGGUCCUGGACAAGACCCUGACCCGGGACAACUACCAGGCCCGCCUGCACGACCUGCUCUACAUCGAGGAGAUCGCCCAGUACAAAGAAGUCAGCAAAUUCAACAUCAAAGUCAACCUCCAGCUGGUCACCAGCUUCAUGCUGACMGGCAUCUCGGGUGGCGCCAAGUACGCCCAGAACGGACAGCUCUUCGCCCGCUUCAAGCUGACUGAGACGCUGUCGGAGGACACGCUGGCGGGCCGACUUGUCAUGACCAAGGUGAACUCUGUCUUGCUGRUGCCCCUGGCCCGCCAGGAGUGGUGCAGCCAGCCCCCUGGGGUCAAGGAGCGGGUCUACGAGGCCUGCAUCGAAGAGAAGACCAAGGACUACAUCUUCCUGCGGAUAUGCAAGGACUGCUGCGAGGAGCUGGGGUUGAUACCUGAUAGGGAACUGCAGGUGGAGCUGCAGUUUCAGUUGAACCGACUGCCCCUGUGUGAGAUGCACUAUGCUCUGGACCGCAUCAAAGACAACGGCAUCCUGUUCCCAGACGCCAGCCUUACCCGCCCACUCUCCCUGGAGCCCAACAGGACGACCACCACCUUAGCCACAGGUACAACCACCACCCUGGAGCCCAACAGCACCAUCCCUUGGAGCCCCAACAGGCAGUGGGACGAGCAGCUGGACCCGCGUCUCAACGCCAAGCAGAAGGAGGCCAUCCUGGCCAUCACCACGCCUCUCACCAUCCCCCUGCCCCCUGUGCUCAUCAUCGGGCCCUACGGCACGGGCAAGACCUUCACCCUGGCACAGGCCGUCAAGCACAUCCUCAGGCAGGACGACAGCAGGGUCCUCAUUUGCACCCAUUCCAACAGUGCAGCUGACCUGUACAUAAAGGACUACCUUCAUCCAUACGUAGAAGCGGGCAACGCGCAUGCAAGACCUCUCAGGGUAUACUUCAGGAACCGCUGGGUGAAGACUGUCCACCCGUUGGUGCAGCAGUACUGUUUGAUCUCUAACACACAGUACACUUUCCAGAUGCCUGAGAGGGAGGACAUCCUCCGGCAUCGCGUGGUGGUGGUCACCCUCAGCACCUCCCAGUACCUCUGCCAGCUGGACCUGGAGCCAGGGCUCUUCUCCCACAUCCUAUUGGACGAGGCGGCCCAGGCCAUGGAGUGUGAGACCAUCAUGCCUUUCGCGCUGGCCAGCAAAAGCACCCGCAUCGUGCUGGCUGGAGACCACAUGCAGCUCAGUCCGUUUGUGUACAGCGAGUUUUCUCGAGAGCGGAACCUGCAUGUGUCGCUGUUGGACCGUCUGUACGAGCACUACCCAGCCGAGUUCCCCUGCCGCAUUCUGCUCUGUGAAAACUACCGCUCCCACGAAGCUAUCAUCAGCUACACAUCAGAACUGUUCUACGACGGGAAGCUGAUGGCCAGCGGGAAGCAGCCGUCUCACAAGGACUUCUACCCGCUGACCUUCUUCACGGCGCGCGGCGAGGACGUCCAGGAGAAGAACAGCACGGCCUACUACAACAACGCAGAGGUGUUUGAGAUCGUGGAGCGGGUGGAAGAGAUGCGCAAGAAGUGGCCGGUGGCGUGGGGCAAGCUGGACGAGGGCAGCAUCGGCGUGGUGUCGCCCUACGCCGACCAGGUAUUCCGCAUCCGCGCCGAGCUCCGAAAGAAGAGGAUGCACGAGGUCAGCGUGGAGAGGGUGCUCAACGUCCAAGGUAAGCAGUUCCGGGUGCUCUUCCUGAGCACAGUGCGCACGCGGCACACCUGCAAGCACAAACAGACGGCCAUCAAGCGCAAGGAGCAGCUGGUGGAGGACUCGACAGAGGACCUGGACUACGGCUUCCUGUCCAACUACAAGCUGCUCAACACGGCCAUCACUCGCGCCCAGUCCCUGGUGGCCGUAGUGGGAGACCCCAUAGCGCUCUGCUCGGUGGGCCGCUGCAGAAAGUUCUGGGAGAAGUUCAUCUCCAUCUGCCACGAGAACGCCAGCCUGCACGGCAUCACCUAUGAGCAGAUCAAGGCCCAGCUGGAGGCCCUUGAGCUCAAGAAGACCUACGUGCUCAACCCGCUGGCGCCCGAGUUCAUCCCCCGCGCCCUGCGGGCCCAGCCGGCCCAGCACCCCCAUCAUCACCAACACCAUCACCAACACCCACACCCCCAGGGACACACGGCCAGCAAGCAGCCCCAGCAGCAGCAACAGCAGUCUCCUCCAAAGGGGAAAGGUCAACAUGCGAACCACACGGAGCACUUCCCACCUGAAGGAUUUGUUCAACCCAACCCUGCGGUGUUGAUGGGCAACCCCAUCCGGGCGUUCACGCCGCCCCUGGGGGGCACCCCUGGCGGCAUGGGCAAGUCCCCCAGUCCCGUGCAGAGGAUAGACCCCCACACGGGCGCCAGCAUACUCUACGUGCCUGCCGUCUACGGGGGCAACAUGGUCAUGUCCAUGCCACUGCCCUCUGUCCCCAUCCAGUUGCCGUGGCCCGGCUACCAGAACCGCUUUGCCAUGGACCCACGUAUCAUGAGCCACCAGGCGGCCAUGGCCUACAACCUGAACCUGCUGCAGGCCCAGAACCGGGGCUCGCCCAUCCCCUACGGCGGAGUCACACACCCCUCCCCCUUGGGCAUGGGCCAGCAGACUAGUCCCGACAAAGAGCUUCAGGCUGAUUCCACCAGAAACGGUAAAAUGGACGGGUGUGCAAAGUCCGAGCAGAGCCGGCUACAGACACCAGAGAGGAAGACCUCGGAGAUGAAGGACAAACCGGGAGAGUGUGAUCCGGGCGGUGGCCGGAGUCUGGACUCUCAGACAGACGGACUGGGCUUCCCCAAUGCCAUGCUCCACCGCAAGGACAACUCGAGCCAAAGACCCCUCAACUACCACCUGGCACCUCCCAACCCGGCCUUUGCCCCCCAUCCUGUGGGCCGGGCAUUCCCCCCACAGUACCCCGGCGUGUCCAGGCUCCCCUUUAGGGUGCCGACCCAGCACCCAGGUGGGGGCCCGGCCAUGGGCCAGCCUAACCAGCAUCACUCGGCCCAGCUAUCACCAGCCUACGACAGCGGCAGGCACAACCCCUCCUUCUUUGGUGGGGUCAUGGCCUCCCACAGGGUUGUGCCGGAGACUGAAGAGGAGGGGCCGGAGGAGAUGGGGAAUUCCAUGAGGUCCCAGAUGGGCCACCAAGGGGGGCACCACCCGGCCCUGUCACAGCCCAGCCGAGUUAACAGCUUCGGGGAGGAGAACCAGGAAGGAGGCCUGGGAGAUGGGAUGGACCCCCUAGCUCUGGAGGCCCUGAGCCAGCAGGCGCGGCUGGGCCAGUGGGGUGAGCCCGGGCCCUUCCUCCAGGGCGGUGUGGCCUUCCCUCUGCCCCAGCAGCUGGCCCAUCUGGCCCAGCCCGGCCUAGCCCGCUUCCCCCCUCAGCUGCUGGCACGGGCCAACUGGAGGAUGAGCGCCGGUAUGGAGGACGAGGCUGGCGGACCGCCUUUCACCAGGUUCCCAGGCCUCCUGCGAGAGAUGCCCCCCCAGGAUCAGCCCGAUCCCAGGGACCUGGCAGAGAUGCAGCCCCCUCCCCAAUCCCGCCUGCUCCAAUACCGCCAGGUCCAGUCCCGCUCCCCAGGAGACCCCUCCUCCCCCUCAUCUGCAACCUCCAACCACACCGGCCCCUUCCCCCCUGGCCCCUAUCCUGGCCGAGACCCCACCAGUCACGAGCUGGACCUCCUCAAUAACCCGGGUCUCCAGCAGCACCCGGGGAACCAGCUCUACAACCCCAACGCCUACCCCCACCAGCUGGGCCACUCUACUACCCCGCCCCCGCAAGUCAAGUACCUCCUCCAGGAGGCCCAGUGGCCUCACGGCGGAGCUGGCGUUGCUCAGAACCACAUGCUGGCCCAGGGCCAGGGCUUCCCCUACGGGCUGCCCGUCAUGGCCCACCCCAGUAGACAGGAGCAGGUCCACCUCAUGCAGCUCCACCACCAGCACCACCACCAGCAGCAGCACCACCAACAGCAGCAGCAGCAGGGUCAAGGCCCAGGCCAGGAGCCCUACCACCCCCUCUCCCCCAGAACAACAGGUGCCACCGCCCUUCACAAUGUAGAAGAGUAUGAACCCAGGGGUCCCGGGCGGCCCCUCUACCAGCGGCGGAUCUCCUCCAGCUACCCAGACGAGGGAUCCCCCGCCAACGCCGCCGCCAUGGCCGCAAUGGCCCAGCAGCAGCCACAGCCCUGCCCGUAUGAACCCAGGGGUCCCGGGCGGCCCCUCUACCAGCGGCGGAUCUCCUCCAGUACCCAGACGAGGGAUCCCCCGCCAACGCCGCCGCCAUGGCCCAGCAGCAGCCACAGCCCUGCCCGGCAGACCCCCAGGAGCACCCCCACCAACACCCCCACCAACACACUCACCAACACCCCCACGCCCCCUACGGCUACCCACCGCCCGAGCUGUGGCCCGGCAAUGGGGGUGGCCCCGGCCCGUUCCAGAACAUUCCAUGCAACGGAGCCAGCACACUCGUUCAACACCAACACCGGGAUAUUCCUAGUAACUUCCAAGGCCCUGCGGCAGGCAGCAGAGGAGCAGAUGAAGGCUGAAGCGGCAGCAGCAGUAGCUGCGGCCCAGCCUCCCGCCCACUCCCUCCAGCACCUCGGACAGUUCCCCCCUCUCAUGCCCAACAGCAAGCAGCCGCAGCAGCAGCAGCAGCAAGCCCCCCCAGAGCCCGGCCAGGGCCCCGGGGUUCUCCAAAACCCUGGAAAACCCCCCACCAUGUCCUACGCCAGUGCCCUCCGCGCCCCACCCAAACCCAGAGCUCGCCCGGAACAGGUCAAAAAGCACAGCGACCCACUUUCCCUACUCCAAGAGCUCAGCAUAGGAAGUUCAAAUGGUAGCAACGGAUACUAUUCCUAUUUUAAAUGAGUUUCACCCCUGAGAAAUACCCCCUAGAAAAAUAUGAAAUGUAAAAAAAAAAAAGGUAAAAUAUGAAGAAAAAUCAAAAAAAAAUCUAAUAAUGGCAAUACUUUUGUGAAAAAGACAAAAAACAGCUUUUACAAAUAGUUUCUAUUCGUUUUUGUUUCCCGCUUUUUGUUUUGUUUUAAACUUUAAUUUGUAACAGUCAAAUCUUUCUUCUGUUUCACAUAUCUGACAAACAUUUUUUUUAAAUAUGUAAAACUUAAGUAUAUAUAAUGGAUGCAUUACUGGUAUAUACAUACAUGAUGUAUAUAUGAAUAUAUACUUAUAUUAUGUACACUUAUAUAUGUAUGUAAUGCAAAAAAAAGGUUUUAAAAAUUAACUAAAAUGUUUUUAAAAACACAACAUUUGGUUGACCACUUGGCUGCCUGUCUGUUUUCCCUUAUUGAAGUUUUUUUAUGUUGAAGUUUAUUUUUAUUUUUUUCAUUUUAAAAUUGUGUGUGGACUUUCUGUCUUGAUUUUCAUCAUAGUUGUGUUAACAGGGAAAAAGCUAAGUGGUCAACUAAUUUCAUAUAAAGUAUAUGGAGCAUUGUAUAGAAGUAGAUACAUUUUCCUCUAAUCUGUACAUAUAAAGAAAAUAAAUGACUGAGUUGUAUGCAACAGACAUGUACCUAAAUUCCUGUAUCAUGUUAGCAUUGACAUUAGACUUCGUUUGGUUUGCUUUUCAUCCUCAACCGUAGACAUUCUCACCUGAAAAUCAUUUUCAGUGACAGAUUAGUGCAGUAAAUGGGAUUCUUACAUGCAUACAAACAUGCACAUGCAAACACACACCAUUCAGAAAAAAACACAAUUACUUUAUUAUACGUUUAUACAAAUGGGUUGGUUGCACGUAAAUUCCUUUUUUCACUGGCCCUCUCCUCUCUUUUUUUAAAAGAGAAAAAUCUAGGAUAGAUUAUGAUAAGCAUGCAAAGCCACAUCAAAGUGAGGUCUACUGUUGUCUGAUUCCAACUUGGACAAACUCGUUUCAGAAACAACCAUGGUAUGCUUCCUCUGCCGUUUUCAUCUGAGGCCCAAAGAUGGUUGUUCUCCUGUUGGGCGACUGGCUUUCCCUUUAGUCUAGUCGGUUAACCACGGUCUUCGAUGUAGGCGUAUUGCGUGAUAACAAUGAUGUGGAGAAACUUGAGACAAACUGCAUAUAUUGGUGGAUGGGUAAAACGUGAGUCAUAACUAAGGCACGGCUCCUGAGGGAAUCUGAAGGUAUAGAGGGAGAUCACGGCCAAGUUGGAAAGAUUUGUUUCAUGUUGAGUGAGAUGUUGGGUCUACGUCAAUUGUGUCCUUGUUUUUUUUUUGACCCACUUUCAGAGCUUUUAAGGUCAUUUUAGAAAGUCUUGAGAAAGAUCGUGUCACAAAAUUUCCCAACAUUUCCUGGUAUUUCUGGAAUUAGCAAGGGAGUAAGCAACUAGGGAAUCGUCCCGACUUGGAAUUCUUCAACCAGGAUUUCUGAUAAACCUGGGAAUUUUGGGAACCUUGCAACCGUAGACUAUUUUUGUGCUUAUGUAGGACUUCGGCCCGAAAGAAAACCGGAUGGCUUAGACCAGUGCCAUCAGUUACUUUUUGGUUCCUUCUUAUCAUCUGAGUUGUACUACAAUACCACAGUUUUUUUCGCCGAUAUUCUGUGUCAUCAGCAGACAUCACUUUUAGCCACCAACCUCUUGCUCUGAUUAGAUAGUUGCUUAGAUGACUGAGGUAACUCAUUCUGUCUGUUUGCCCUGGCAAUUUGGCUGGAAAUUUAGACAGGAAAAAAUAUUCAGUUUUUUUUAUUUUGACGACUCAAAAUGUUUCAAUUGUUAACAAAUACAUGCAAUCAGUGGGUUAUUUUAACCACAAAAGAGAGAUUGUUCACUGUUUGUAGGUCUUUUCUGACAUGCAGUCCAAUCAGUGAGGUAUUUUGUUUCUAGGGUGACGCGUAUCUUGAGAGUGAAAUCUAUUUGCAUUUUUGUAAAAUUAUUUGCAAACAACCAUCAAGCUGUCCAAUCUUUAUACAUUUGUAUUAGUGUGCACGCUCAAAAAAUUAAUUGCCAGAAGGAUAAAAUUAUCAUGACAAUUAUUGACGAUUAUUAUCAAAUGCAAAUUUGUGACUGAUUUUUCUUUUGUGUAAUAGCCAUAGUUGUCACAUUUUCCUGGAAACCAUUUUCUCUCUUCAUGAUUCAUUUGUGUUGCAGCCUUUUCUCCCCCAUCAAAUAUAUAUUUUUAAUUGGUUAAUGGUUUGUUUCAGUAUAUUGUAAUAAAAGACCCUUGGAUUCUAACUGGUA